CUCCCUAAGAAGGUCUCUUUGUGAUAAGAAGAAAAGAGGGAGAACAUUGGGAUAGAAAGGAAGGCUUGAGAAGGGACCUGUUAAGGCUGCUUUUGUUGCUUUUCCCUCUUCAGCCUGAUGGGCUUUGUAGUCAUUCUGGCUUUGGCAUUGCUUUGAAACCCUCCCAACUCCCUAAGAGAAAAGAAAAGAGGGAGAAAGUCAGGAUAUAAAAGAAGGAAAGGAUAGAAAGAAAGGUUUAGUUAAGACUGCUGUGUGCUUUGAUGCUUUUCCCCCCUCUUCAGCCUGAUGGGCUUUGUAGUCUUUUGACAUUGCUUUGAGACCCUCCCAACUGCCUUAAGAGUUGUCAUAAAGAGGGAGAGAGUUGGGAUAUAAAGGAAGGAAAGGAUAUAAAGGAAGCUUGAGAAGAAGCUUCGUUGUGAGAAGAAACCUGUUAAGUCUGCUGUGCUUUGUGCUUUUUCUCUUCAGCCUGAUGGGCUUUGUAGUUGCUUUUUCAUUGCUUUGAACCCACCCAUUCUUUAAUCCUCCCCCCUUUUCUUCUUCGAAAACAGGACAAGAGGAGGGACCCUGCCUUCCCUGAAGGAGAAAGGAAAGAGGGAGGCUUGAGAAGAAGUGUUCCUCUUCCCCUUGUUGAUAAGAAACCUGUUCUGAUCAGGGACCUGUUAAGGCCGCUGUGCUUUGUUGCUUUCUCUUUGGCCUGAUGGGCUUUGUAGUCCUUGGGGAAGCUGCUUUUGCGUUGCUUUGAAGCCCCCCCAAACUCCCCUUUGCCUCCAAAAACAAUUCAAGAGGGAAAGGAUCCAGUCCUGAGAGAGGGAAAGCGAGUGAGUUGUGGGAUUCUGGAGAGCUUUAAUCUCCUAUUACUACUACUAUACUACUGUUUUGCUCACUUCUCCUAGAAAGAGAAGGAGCAGGUCGAAAAAAGAGAACUGCCCACCCUUCCCAAAAAGAAAGCAUCCUUUCCUUGACAAUCCCAUAGAAGGAGAAAAGCCUUGUUUUCCUCCCAUCUCCGAAGGCAGCAGUAAGGGAUCAGGUUCUGUAAGGUUUGAAAGGCAGAGGAAGCAGUAGGAAGUUUUUUUUUGGGGGGGGGGGGGGACUGCUUUGCUGAGUUGUUUUUCCUUGCAGUCAAAAAGAGGGAGACCAAAGAGGAGUCGUGGGGCCUUUGGGAGAGGCCACCGAAGGGUGGAGGAUUAACCCCCGGAGAAGCCUGGCGUUGGGUUUCCAUGGGGUAGUAAGGGUAUGGGGAGGCCAGCAGCCCCCUCCCCAAGUUCCCUCUCCUUCCCAUGGAUGGGAAUUGUAGCAUUGUUUCUCCUCUAAAUGGCUUGGGGUGCCCUAAUGACCUGAAAAGGGCUCUGGAGCUCAAAUGACCGGACCCAAGGGCUGGAGAUAACUCGGGAGCGGACACCUGAGAGUCACCAUCUUGGCCAAGCUGCCUCUUGAACUGAGAUGUACAUCCCUUCCGAAGUUUCCAUAGGAUUGGGUCAUGACUCUGGAGGCCUUCUCCCUUUCGUCUGGUAGGAUUUUGGCCCCAACUGGUUGUACUCUGAUAUGGAUUUUUUGGGGACAGUUGUGAAGAACAAGUGUUGCUAACUUCUUAAAACAGAACAAAGAACACAAACAAUCCUGACUCUAUUUGUACCUCGCUUUGGUGAAGCUGGAACCCGAACUUGGUGUUGUGUGUUUGGGGAUGUGACAGCUAACCUCCUUGAAGGUUAUAACUCGUACCAUGCAGAUUGGCUAAAAGGUUGUCUCCUUGCCAAGGGCUCCAAUGAGUGGCUCACAGUCCGCAAUCACGGACAGGAACAAGACUCUGGAGCUGUUUUAGGAAAUGGAUCUUUGCGUCUUCAGAGCCUGGGAAAAUGAAAAUAGGUUUCCCCUCAAAAAACCUACAAGGCACAGCAGCAUUCUGAGCAGAGAGUCACCAGCAGAUAAGAAGCAGAAGGUUGAGCGCUGCAUCAGUGCCCACGACUUUGACCCUACAGACAGCUCCUCCAGGAAGACAAAAUGUAGCUCGGACGAGAGUAGAUCCGAGACAUAUGGUCUUGUUCAGCGUUGUGUUAUUAUCCAGCGGGAUGAAAAUGGAUUUGGGUUGACAGUCAGUGGAGACAAUCCAGUCUUUGUACAGUCUGUCAAAGAAGAUGGAGCAGCCAUGCGGGCUGGAGUUCAAACUGGCGACCGAAUCAUUAAGGUGAAUGGGACCCUAGUAACACACUCAAACCAUUUGGAGGUGGUGAAACUGAUAAAGUCGGGGUCCUAUGUAGCGCUCACUGUGCAAGGGCGCCCACCAGGGUCGCCCCAGAUUCCUCUGGCUGAUUCUGAGGGGGAUCCAGCAGCGUUUGGUCAUAUGUCUCCCAUCAUGACAUCUCCUCACUCACCUGGAGCAUCUGGAAACACAGAGAGAAUAACUAGUCCAGUGCUGAUGGGGGAAGAAAAUAAUAUUGUUCACAGCCAGAAAGUGGAGAUUUUGCGGAAGAUGCUGCAGAAAGAACAGGAGCGGCUACAGUCUUUGCAAGAAGAUUAUGGCCGUUCCCCUACCUCCCGAGUGCUCAAGGAGAUCCAGGAAGCCAAGAAGCACAUCCCUCAGCUGCAGGAACAGUUGUCCAAAGCAACAGGCUCCAUUCAGGAUGGAGUUUUGUCUUCCAAGUCUGUUACAGAGUCUUUGCAGAUCAGUGAGAUAGAAGCUGAGAGGGGGGAUGGGCUGAACAAAGGAGACUGCAGUUUUGGUGACAGCUCCCACACGAAUAGUGAUACACCUGAGAGUCCCCAGAGUGUCCUAAGGGAACGAAUGUAUCUUGAUGAGAGCCCAGAGAAGAGUGAAAAUCAAGAUACAGACUCCCAGUCUAGUAUUGGUAGCCCCUCGUCUCGUAUGGCACCUCAAAUCAUAGGAGCGGAAGAUGAUGAUUUUGAUGGUGAACAGGAACAGAUCAAUGGGCAGUGCAGCUGUUUCCAAAACAUAGAGUUGCUGAAAUCUCGCCCUGCUCACCUGGCUGUUUUUCUGCAUCACGUUGUAUCCCAGUUUGACCCAGCUUCUUUGCUUUGCUAUCUUUUUGCGGACCUGUACAAGCAAACAAACUCCAAAGAGACUCGUCGCGUCUUUGCUGAGUUCAAUCAGUUUUUCUUGGAUAAAUCUGCAAAUCUAAAGGUUCCAGUCCCAGAUGAAAUUUCUGUAGAUCUAGAAAAAAGAAGACUAGAUUUAAUUCCUGAAGAACUGCACCGCCACUAUAUUCAAACUAUGCAAGAUAAAGUCCUUCCUGAAGUCCACAGGCACCUUGAAGAUUUUAGACAGAAACGCAGCAUGGGGUUGACUUUGGCAGAGGGGGAGUUGACCAGGUUGGAUGCGGAACGUAUCCGUGACCGGAAUACACAGGAAAAAGAGAGAGCAUGUGCAGAGCAAAUCAUUACCAAAAUUGAAGAAGUACUGAUGACGUCUCAGCCAACAGAAGAAGAGAAGAGUUCAAGCAUACAGUAUGUUGUUCUCACCUACAUGAAGCACCUUGGUGUGAGAGUCAAAGAGCCCCGGAGCCUAGAUCAGAAGCGGGGACGGAUUGGAUUCCUGCCAAAGAUCAAGCAAAGUAUAAAGAAAGAGAAGGAAGGGGAUGAAAAGAAGAGGAGAGUCUUCCCCAAUAUCCUGGGACCCCCAAGAAGGCCGAGCCGCCAUGACAGUUAUGCAAUAGGCAGAGCCAUAGAAAUACAAAAGCAGCGUCAUCCGAAGCACUUAUCCACAUCUUCCUCUGUUAGUCCGGAGCCACCAGACUCUGUCAGGAUGCGCCAAAGCGGCUCCAGUGACAGCACGGAUGUAACCCACCCCCUUGCCAACGUUGUGUCUCCGCUAGCAGCCGGAACCUCCCCUUCUCAAGAGGGAAACAAAGAUAGUGAAACAGGUCCAAAACAAGUUGGAGAAACUCCUCCUUCAAGUGACUCUGUGGAUGGUACACCACGUACAACUAACAACAUCUUUGAUUUCCCGUCUCCUCCACUAGACCAUUUGCAGGAAGAGGAAGGAGACUUUGACAGAUUAGCAGAAUUGGGAACACCAAAAUCUUUCCGCAAGAUGGACAGUGUGGGUACUGGUGAUAACCAGAGUGAAGAUGAGCUGUUUGAUUUUGAUUUGGAGACAGACCCACCCAACUGGCAACAGCUUGUGAGCCGUGAGGUGCUGCUUGGCCUGAAACCUUCUGAAAUUAAACGCCAGGAAGUGAUAAAUGAAUUAUUUUACACUGAGCGUGCUCAUGUCCGUACACUGAAGGUUCUGGAUCAGGUCUUCUAUCAGCGUGUCUCUCGUGAAGGGAUCUUGCCUCACUCUGAAUUGCGGAAAAUAUUUUCAAAUUUGGAGGAUAUCCUUUUGCUCCAUGCUGGAUUGAAUGAACAGAUGAAAUCAGUGAGGAAAAGGAAUGAGACAUCUGUUAUUGAUCAAAUUGGAGAGGACUUGUUAACUUGGUUCAGUGGAGCAGGGGAAGAUAAACUGAAACAAGCCACUGCCACCUUCUGUAGUAAUCAGCCCUUUGCUCUAGAAGUAAUCAAGUCACGGCAGAAGAAGGACUCUCGCUUCCAAACUUUUGUCCAGGAUGCUGAGAGCAAUCCGCUCUGUCGCCGACUGCAGCUGAAAGAUAUAAUUCCCACUGAGAUGCAAAGGCUGACCAAAUAUCCCCUUCUGUUGGAUAAUAUUGCAAAGUACUCAGAACAACCUGGGGAGAAAGAGAAAGUGAAGAAAGCAGCAGACCAUUGUCGACAGAUUCUCAACUUCGUAAAUCAAGCAGUUAAAGAAGCUGAAAACAAGCAGCAUUUAGAAGACUACCAACGCCGGCUUGAUUUGUCCUACCUGAAGCAGUUGGAAGGUCCUAUGCUAGAAGAAUUCAGGAAUUUGGAUUUAACCAAGAAGAAGAUGAUUCAUGAAGGGCCUCUGACCUGGAAAGUGAAUCGUGACAAGACAAUUGAUCUCUACACGCUACUCUUGGAGGAUAUUCUGGUCCUGUUGCAGAAGCAAGAUGAUAGAUUGGUGCUGAGAUGCCACAGCAAGAUCUUGGCUAAUGCUGCAGACAGCAAGCAUACAUUCAGCCCUGUCAUCAAACUGAACACAGUACUGGUUCGCCAGGUGGCCACAGAUAACAAAGCAUUCUUCGUCAUCUCCAUGUCAGAAAAUGGAGCUCAGAUUUAUGAACUAGUGGCACAGACAGUUUCAGAAAAGACUGUGUGGCAGGACCUCAUAGCACAAAUGGCAGGGACAGUGCAAGUUGGCAGACGAGUAAUUCCAUUACCUCAGUCAGGCCCCUGCGAGGAGGACCAUGAGGAGGAUCAGCAGAAACUGAAGGAAGAACAAACCAUAUCUGAGAGCAGUAUGCAGAGCCCAGAUAAAGAUCUGGAAGUGGAGUCUCCCUCAACAGCCAUAUUAGAAAAGGUAGAAGAGGAAGAGAUCCUGGAGGCUGGCAGGCGGUUCAGAGAAAAACCACCAGCAGAAUUGCUGAUCAAGGAAUCUUCUGACAACUACAGCCAUAUGACCCCAGAGCUCUCAUUCCAAAUCUCUGAAGACCGGUGGGCAUUGGAUGCACUAAGGAAUUUGGGCUUGUUGAAGAAAUUGCUGAUGCAGCAACUUGGCAUGUCUGAACAGGAGUCCCUUGAAGACUGGCAGCAUUUUUCCAGGCAUAGGACAGUUCCUCAGGGGAUCCAGGUGGAGAGCAGCAUCCAGAGAGGACUGCAGCACUCAGAAAAUGGCAAGGCAUCCAUAUCUGGAGUUAGUAGUAGUAUGCCCUCUGGCAUGGAAACAGGUAAUUUUGGACCUUGCUCUGGACACCGGACUUCAGGCGAAUUUGUGCAAACUGGGGACACCGCGUCAAGUAGCAGUCAAUUAACGGACCCCUUGAGCACUAACACAGACACUCCAACCACUGAGCUGGAAGGAGUAAGCACUGAGGAUGGGGGAGAGCACUUCUUUGACGCUCGUGAAGCCCACAGUGAUGAGAACCAAUCAGAAGGUGAACUGACAGAAAGGAAGGACAUAGAAGAGGUGCAGUUGAGGAUCUCAGGAAAAUUUUUGAUCCUUGAUGAUUAUGGCACAGUCCAGGAGAGCUCCACUGAUGAGGAGAUAGCUUCUUUGGUUGUGCAGUGCACUGCAGGCAACAGCACAUUGGACUCUGCCCACCAACAGCCAGCAUCUCUGCAGGACAUUCAGCCAGACCGAGCAAUUUCUCCACUAGCACAGGAAUCAGUGGCCUCCCACUGGGAUGCUGCUAAGGAAUCUUCCUCAGAUGUACUAAGGCCUUCCUUCUCUCUAGAGUCACAUACUCUGAUCAUGCAUUACAUCCAGAAGAUAGAGGCCAACCUUGAACACUUAAAGGAGGUAGAGGAGAACUAUGCUACUCUUCAACAAAGGCUGGCUGGAUCAGUCCCCACAGAUGAGCACUCAGAUAAAAGUUAGUCACACUUCCUGUAAGUGGCUGAAGGUUGGAUGGAAGCAGCAGCCUUGCAUCGGUGCCUGCUGGUGUCUGCCCGGACUUUGUGGGCAUGAGAAGCCUCUUCCCAUGGACCAUUCAAGCACAAAGUGGAGGGAUGGGCAGUUUCCUUUUAGGCCUCUGCACUAGCCUGUUGGAGAGAGGUGGUGAUUUUGUUCUUCUCCUCUUUCUACCUGAAAUUCUUUUUGAUUCCAAACAGAGGAAAUAAGGAACAGAAAAAAAGAAAGAAAGAAACCAAAUGUAUAAAGCUUUGGGUGUAGGAUAUACAAAUGUAUUUAGACAUAAAAAAAAUCAAUGUAUUUAUUUGACUUCAUUCCGUGUACUGAAAGCACACUUUAAUUUGUUUUUGUUUUGUUUUUUUUGCUUUAGAAAAAGAAAA